AUGGAUGACGACGACAUUCAGGAGGCCAGCAUCAACCCGGAGGAGACCCCCGUCUCCAAGACAGCAACCUCGACUGCCAACUCGACCACCUCCGGCGACGGUGCCGCGGCCACUGGCGCCAGUUCUGCUACUGCGGAUGCUGCUGCUGCUGCUGCUGCUGCAACUUCCGCAGAUGCUUCCAAGACCGAGGCAGGCUCCGAGCCGGCGUCUGCUCCGGCCGCUGAUGAGGCUGCGCCCCCGAAGCCGCCGCGGCCAUUGACUGAGCAGCAGAAGAAUGAGCAGACCCUGAAGGAAGCUUUUCCGGCCGUGGAUGCGGCCGUCAUCAAGGCCGUCCUCACCGCCAGCCGGGGCAACAUUGAGGCCGCCUUCCAUGCCCUCCUGGAGAUGACCGAUCCCGACGCCGCCCAGCACGAGCCCGCACCACCACCACAGCCCCCCCGUCCCGUCCAGCAAACCCCCGUCCAUCCUGGUCCUGGUGGCGGUCGCCUGUCUCCUUAUAGCCAGAUGGUGGCAGACGAGGAGUACGCGCGGCAGCUUGCGCAGCACUACGAGGCCGAGGACGGCGAGUACGAGGCACGCACGAGCCAUGGGUCUGGCUAUGGCCGGUCGCGCGGCGGCUACCAGAGGGGCCAGAACCUCAAACCCAAUGAACUGUGGGGCGACAAGGAGCACAGCUUCAUCGACGACGACCUUCCUGUGAUCCAAGAGAACCUGCGCAAGGGCUUUGCGGAGACACAGACAAAGUUCAACUCCUGGUUCACGGGAAUCAAGAAGAAGAUCAACGAAGAAUGGAACAGCGGCGAGAACGACGACGGCGAAUACCACCAGGGCGGCGCCGGCAGCCCCUCCCGAGGCCAGAGCGCGACAAGCUAUGCCCGCUACGGUUCACGUCAGCCCCAGCGCCGCAGCGGCGAUUACGAUGCCGAUCCGGAAGUGCUGAGCGACGACUUUGCUGGUAUCCAGCUGCACGGCGAUGGCACCCCCGUGAGACACAACCCCAACGUUUUCCGUCCACCUCCGUCGUCGACCUCGCCCCGCCCCGGCUCUGAGCGCAAGGUCGCCUUCCGUGACCAGGAUGAGACCAUUGACAUGUACAGCGCAUCGCCCAAGCUGCCGCCCAAGGACGGACCUGGCAACCGCGCGGCGUCACCGGCAGCUGGUGCUGGUGCUGGUGGCGCCAAGGCCAGCAAGUGGCAACCCAUGUCCUCCGUCGACCCCACGCCCAUGGCCGACAACGAUCCGUUCAGCCUGGGUGACAGCGAGGAUGAAAAGGACAACAACACGUCGUCGGCUGCCGCCAAGAGCGCCACGGCCAGCAAGGGAGAUGCCGCGACCGAGAGUGCUGGCGGCGCCAAAUCGUCGACAUCCUCUACAUCGCCCGAGGACGCUGAGCGACUGCGCAAGGCUGCCGCCGAGGCAAUGGCAGACAGCCUGGUGGAAGAUAAGACGAAGUAG